UCCCUGGCAGCUGCCUGGCAAGUCCUCACCCAUGCUAUACUCCUCCUCUACUCACUGGAGCUCUCACUACAUCCACACAGAAUGAGGAGCUGUGGGCUUACGCUAGAUACCUGUACGAUGGAAUGGGACAGCGGCUUCGGCUCUUUGAGCUGGUUGAUUACAAAAAUAAGACAAUGAAUGUUGACCUUCUGCUGCUGUUCAGAGAGGGCGUCAUGUACGAGAUUGCAGACAAAGAACGUACCUGCACGAAACAGGCCCUGCAUGCAAAGUUCCAUCCUUGGCAAGUUCCAAAAGACGCAACUCUGGUGGGCCCGGCUAUUUUGGGAAGCUCCUCUUCACCUGGAGAGGGACUGCUGGUCAACACCUGGACAGGAGAUUUGCCAGACAAAACAGGAAAGUACUUCGCCACCUUCACUGAAUUUGGAUGCAUUCCUGUCUCCUCUGCGUUCCACACCAAACAGUUUGGAUGGCUGAUCGUAAACUUGUUCGACAACGUCAAAGGCAUUACCGAUCCCAGCUUGCUCGAACUCCCAGUGUUCUGCAGCAACGUCCCGACCAAAGAAACACAGCCAGUUCAUUUUUCCAAGUUGUUCCAACAGAGGACAAACUAACGUCUCAAAGACGAAUAGACACCAGAUGAGGAAGACUUGACAAAAUUCUGCCAAAUCUAACAAAAUACAUGCAAAAAUUUAUAGAAAAUCAUUAGUUCCAAUCCAAAAAACGUACAAACAUCUGUUUUUUUAAACGGAACUGUGGCUAUGAUCCAUUUAUGGUCAUAAUCACAGUGCUUUGCAUCAAAUUAACAGAAUUUUGCAUCAAAUUUACCUACUAGCUCAUAAUUUCUAACAUUGUACUAAUGUUCAGUGUCUAUCAAUAAAAUUUCUAACAAGAUUGAAUGAAAUCAUAGAAUAUACAGCAUUGGUAAAAGUGAUCAAGAUGACAACAAUUUGUCUUGUUUAACUGCAAUAUAGAGUCCUGCAGCAAGCUUGGUUGUAAUUAAAAGAAAUUCAAUGAGUUGCAAUAAAAAAUUUAAAAAAAAAUUGUCUCAUCAAUUAUUUGCUUUACCCAAAGUGUCCACGGUGUUAUCACUACUGGAAAUAAAUGGUGGCUCCACAUACUAUA